GAACAGUAUAAAAGUCCUCACGACUCAGUACGCUUCUAAACACUUCUCUGGACUUCAUCUCCUCGGUGAACCGGUUCCUGUUGUGUGUUGCAGGUUUACCGCCACGCCAGAAAGAUGACUUUCCCCAGCCUGUCCUAUCCAGAAUGUGGAGUGGCCCAACCCAGUCCAGUUACUGGCAGCGCCAACGAGCCAUGCGUUAGGCAGUGCCCUGACUCCGAAGUGGUGAUCAGACCCUCACCGGUUGUCGUGACCCUCCCUGGACCAAUUCUCAGCAAUUUCCCUCAGCAGAGUGACGUGGCAGCCGUAGGAGCACCUGUGGUUGGAGCUGGUUUCGGAGGCUCAUUCGGUUUGGGGGGAUUGUACGGCUAUGGAGGCCAUUACGGAGGAUUGUAUGGUUUAGGGAGAUUAGGUGGUUACGGGGGCCUUUACGGUUACAGGGGAUUAUUGGGCCAUGGGGGAUACUAUGGUUACGGGGGCCUUUACGGUUAUGGGGGAUUAUUGGGCUAUGGGGGACACUGCGGUUACCCAGGCCUUUACGGUUAUGGGGGAUUAUGUGGUUCCGGCAUAUCUUCCCAUAGGUACCUCAGUGGAAGCUUUGGGCCAUGUUAA